AUGGGCCUGCGCCUGGACGCGGCUGAUCGGAUCGGAAGUGAAUACGUCAGGACGUGUAUGCAAACAACCCCAGUUCGACUGAAGAUGAGAGAGCAACGCCUGCGAUGGUUCGAGCGUGUACCAAGAAGACCACAGAGCCAUUCGAUAAGGGGAGUUCGAGGCUCAAGGGAAGCGACCGUGAGGAGCCCCAAAGAAGAGAGGCGGGACGUGAUCAAGAAGGACCUUGCCAAAGAUGAGGAUACGGCAGAAGAUGCCGUAGAUAGAAUGAAAUGGAGAUGCUGA